AGCGUCGGAAUCAGACAGAAGUCGAAAGUAGUCCACUCGAACGGUUGUUUUCAGUCUACAUUUGAUAAAGAAUUAAAAGUGAAAUUAUCACAAAAUGUCUGCAGCAACAAAAGGAAUUUAUAUUGUGGCUGCCAAGCGCACGGCUUUUGGCACCUUCGGUGGCGCCCUGAAGGGCAUUAACCAGACACAACUGCAGACAGUGGCUGCCAAAGCUGCUCUGGAGGCGGCUGGUCUGAAGGGAGAGCAUGUGGACACCGUUAUUGUCGGCAAUGUGAUUUCGUCUUCCUCCACGGACGGCAUUUAUGUGCCCCGUCACGUAGGUCUUAACUGCGGUGUGCCCAUUGAAAAGCCUGCCCUGGGCAUCAAUCGCUUGUGCGGUUCUGGCUUCCAGUCGAUCAUAAACGGAGCACAGGACAUUCUGGUGGGCGGUGCCAAGGUGGCGCUCACCGGUGGCGUGGAGAACAUGUCCCAGAGUCCGUUCAUUGCCCGCAACAUUCGAUUUGGCACCACCCUGGGGGCCAACUACAAUCUGGAGGAUGCCCUAUGGGCAGGACUGACCGAUUCCCGCUGCAAACUGCCAAUGGCCCUCACAGCCGAGAACCUGGCCGAUCAGUACAAGAUCAGCAGGGAGCGUGUGGAUGAGUUUGCAUUGCUGUCGCAGAAGAACUGGGAAAAGGGUCAGAAGGAGGGCGCCUUCGAUGCUGAGAUCACUCCCAUCAAGUUAAAGGUCAAGGGAAAGGAGGUGGACUUUGUCAUCGAUGAGCAUCCUCGUCCCAAGACCACCAUUGAAGGCCUCAACAAGCUGCCCUCGCUCUUCAAGAAGAACGGAGUUGUUACAGCCGGCACAGCGUCUGGCAUCUGUGACGGAGCGGCCGCCGUGAUUGUGGCUUCCGAGGAGGCUCUUAAAGAGUACAACCUCAAGCCCCUGGCCCGCUUGGUCGCCUUCUCCUUUGUUGGAGUCAACCCUGAGAUUAUGGGCAUUGGCCCAGUUCCUGCCAUCCAGAACGUACUCAAGGUUGCCGGCAAGAAGCUGGAGGACAUUGAUCUCAUUGAGAUCAACGAAGCCUUUGCUGCCCAAACUCUUGCCUGUGCCGAUGCUCUGAAGCUGGAUCCCUCCAAGCUGAAUGUGAAUGGCGGUGCCAUUGCCUUGGGACAUCCUCUGGGUGCCAGUGGCUCUCGCAUCACCGGCCACCUGGUCCAUGAGCUGCAGCGUAAGGGACUCAAGUAUGGUAUUGGCUCGGCCUGCAUUGGCGGUGGCCAGGGCAUUGCCUUGCUGCUUGAGGCUGUUUAGAGCUGGACAGAGCUCAUUUUCGCAUUUACAAUUAAAUUAGUACUGAAAAUUCCCCUCAAAGAAAAACUA